GGGGAUGAGGAGACACUCGUGAGAAGGAGAGCGAGAGAGGGAGAGGAGGACAAGCUGCAGUUGGGAGCUCCUCCAGUGAGCGCACACCUCCUCGCAUGACAGCAGCACCUCCUCGCUCUGCAAGAUGAGUUCCUUCAGCACGCGGGCGUUGACGCUGUUGUCGUCCAUGUUUGGAGCGUGCGGGCUGCUGUUGGUGGGCGUGGCCGUGUCCACAGACUAUUGGCUGCUGAUGGAGGAGGGCGUGGUCCUGCAGCAGAACCAGACCACCGAGGUCAAGAUGGCGCUGCACUCGGGCCUGUGGCGCGUCUGCUUUGUGGCGGGACCCGAGAAGGGCCGCUGCGUGGCGUCUGAGUACUUCAGCGAGCCUGAGAUCGAGAUCACCACAGAGAACACGGCCAACAUUCUCAAAAUGGUGCGCACGGCCACGCCCUUCCCGGUGGUGUCGCUGCUCUUCGUCUUCAUCGCCUUCAUCAUCAGCACCAUCGGUCACCUCCAGCCUCAGCGGACCAUCCUGGCCUUUGUGUCCGGAAUAUUCUUCAUCCUGUCUGGUCUGAGCCUGGUGGUGGGCCUGGUCUUGUACAUUUCCAGCAUCAACGAUGAAGUGAUGAAUCGACCCAGAGAGGCUGAGCAGUUCUUCCACUAUCGCUACGGCUGGUCCUUCGCCCUCGCCGCCUCCUCCUUCCUGCUCAAAGAGGGUGCAGGCGUGAUGUCAGUGUACCUCUUCAUGAAGCGCUACGCGGAGGAGGAGGUGUACAGGCCGCACCCCGCCCUCUACCGCCCCCGCAUGUCCGACUGCAGUGACUACAGCGGUCAGUUCCUCCAUCCCGACUCGUGGCCCCCGCCCCAGCGUGCCCGCAGCGCCUCCGACGUCUCCUCGGACAUCUCCAUCCAGCUCAACCAAGCCACGCCCAGUCGGGUCCAGGCUGCUCAGGCCACGCCUUCCUCCUCCUCGGGGCCCUCUUCUUCCGCCAGCUACCACCUCCAGCCAGCCUCCUCCUACCCCCAUCCCCUCCAUCAGUCCACCGCAUCCGCUCUCCAGCGGGCAUCUCACCCCCACAUGGGCUAUCACCUGCCCAUGGCGGCCCCGCCCGCCGCCAUUUUGCCACCACGGUAUCACACGCACAUGCGGCUGAGCGCCUCGCCGUGCUAGUCAGCCUGGGGAGG